UUAAUAAUAGUAUUUUUAAACGCAUUUUUUGUGAUUUUUCUUUAUAUAAAGUGAUUGAUAACUCAAAGGAUGGUUAAGAAUACAAAAAAGGGCCUCCGAGAAACACGUGCACAAUAUGUUUUACGUUUAGCUACUCAAAACAAUGAGUUAGCACCAAAAGCGAGUGAACCAAACAUGUUAACAAAUAUAAAUACCGAUAACGAUGCCUUUGAUAUUCAAAAUAAUAUUAUAAUAUUAUCACCUACGAAUGUAGAUUUUUCGAGCAAUAACCAUCCAAAUAAUAUUAUUAUUGAAGAAGUAAGUCAGAUGGAUCCUGGGCCUGAUGGGCAUGAAUAUGUGAAAACAAUAUUGGAUGACAAUGAUUUACAGGCAGAGUUGCAGUCUAACGGAGAACUAUUGAUAAUUAAUAAAUAUUGUGAGGGCCAAAAUUGUUCUUUGGAGCAAAAUGUUAUAAUAGAGGAACCACUACAUACAUUAUUAAACUUGGAUGUUCAGAAAAUGGAUAAUAUAGAACUUAGUGCUGAUAAUAAUAUUAUUAUGAUUGAAAAAAAUGCAUUGCAAAAUUUUGUUGAAAUUCCAAUUGAAGAUUCUUUUGAACAGAGAACCAACAAGAAUUUUUCCAACACACAAGAACAAGAGGUGACACUUGAUAUUGACGAUGAUCAUUUUAUCUCUAACCAUUCAGAUCAAGGUUCCAAUUAUGAUCCUGAAAACGAAACUUCUGGGUCCAGUGAGUAUUCAUCUGAAAACGGCGAGGAAGUAAGAGGUGAAAGUGAAGUAGAUAGAGAUAAUGAAGAUUCUGCGAAGAAACGAACUAGGAAAGUUUUAAGAUACCCAGAAACAUGGAAAAGAUCCAUCACCAAAAAAAGAAGAAAUGAGGGGUUAGAAUAUGUUAAUGUAAAGAAUAAACUAGUUAAAAGUCGAAAAGUCGGAUUACCUUGCGCGGAUAAAUGCAGAUUGAAAUGCAGAUAUCGGAUAAGUCAAGAACAACGUAAGGCAAUCCAUAAAAGGUUUUGGAAAAUUGGAGAUAUUCAUCGCCAGAGAGAUUAUUUUUUACAAUGUAUGGACCCAAUAACUCCUAAGUAUAGAAUGUACACCCCUAAUAGCAACCGGUCCAAAAAUUAUGCAUACCAUUUUGAGAUCGAAAGGGAAAGAACCAGGGUAUGCAAGUUAUUUUAUCUGAGCACUUUGGAUAUCAGCAAUAAGCUUAUUUUCACAGCAACAAAAAAAAAAGAUGCGAGCGGUAUUCUGAUGCCAGACAUGCGCGGAAAGCAUAAAAAUUGUGGUAAAAAGGUAACCGACGCAAUAAAAGGUGAAAUCCGAAAUCACAUAAAAUCUUUUCCAACAAUGCCAUCGCAUUACUGCAGAGCCCAAACAAAUAAGAGCUACAUAGAUGGAAGCCUUAAUAUUGCGUCAAUGUACAGACUUUAUAAGGCAAACUGCGAAGAACUUAAUAAACCGUUUGCCAAGCAAAAUAUGUACGAAACCAUCUUCAACACAGAAUUUAAUAUUGCCUUUUACAUCCCCAAAAAAGACCAGUGUAUGACUUGUGAAUCACUAAACAAUUGUACUGAGACAGAAAAGGAACUAAAACAAUUUAUAACAAUAAUUUUGGUAUCCGGUCAAGCACAAGAACCCCCCAUAGAUCACUAG